AUAACGGAAUUUCGAGCUGCAUAUUUAAACGUAUAACACUCGAGAACCUGAACUAGAGAACCGUUGAAUAAAAUAUAAUAUCCUCCUCCCCCAAUUUAAUGUUGGAAAUAGGAUCUGCUUCGAGUAGACUUGUAUAAACUGGUGUUUAUGGGACUUGUAGUUCCGCAUGUUCGAAGGCUAACUAAUUAGGGAAGACUGAAGAACAAUAUUAAAAGAGGUUUUAUAGAUCUAUUGAGAUUCAAAGUUCGUUUAAAUAAAUAUAUGUUAAUGUAAGUUUUCUUAUAGUAGGGCUGACAGGGAACUUACUAAAUUCCCUUACUAAGAAGGAGUGAAGCUGGAUUUCUGGAGAUGAAUUAUGGCUAAUGGUGGUCAUCUUGAAACUGAAGUUCCCAUUACUAAAGAAAUAAAGAUGCCACCCUGUGAUGAUCCUGAUGGGAACACUGACCUCAAAUCUGAACAUGAAUCCAGUGGAAAUAACAGCCGAAGCAAGUACAGAAAAGCCUUAAAAUUUGAUAUGAAGAUGACUCCAGGGGUGGAAAAAUUGGCCUCCAGGCCUGCUCACUCAAGUUCAAAAGAAACGGAGAAAAGCCUGUCUGCCGGUAUUUCACGCCAACUAAACCAAUGUGGCAGACAAUUUUGUUCUGAGAAGAAUUUGAUGUACAAUACACCUAUGCCUUCACUAGUUGCUUGAGAUUUCCAACAUUCUGUGGAUGCAGCUGCUCUCUUCAUCUCUGGUUGCUCGUAUUUUCAGCUCCUUAUCUGGUUGAGGGAAAAGCUUGUUGAAAUCAUGCUUUCCUUGAAAAAAGAAAUUGAUAUCUGUCAUCUCUUGCGAGGAAGAGAGGGGCUAAUGUCGUCUAUGGGGAUAAUUAAAAUACAGCUGUUCCACCAAAGAAA